ACUAGUCGCUUUCGCGGCCGGCGCUCUGAAAAUAUAAGUAAUUGAGUUUUGUGCCACUUGAAAUAGUGCUCACUUUCUUGGAUGAGGAGUUUUUGCUAGCAGUGACUAUUGAUCUACUCUGCCCAUAAAUACAGAUAGGUAUCGAGCGGGUGUUUGAGUACGCGUGGCGCUCUCUAUCGGCAUUCGACGGUACGAACGCGCGGGGCGUGCGGAGUCUGCGGGGGGUGUACUUCGUCCCCCUACUUCAGUUUGGCUGUGACACUUUGGAGUGAGGACGUGCUGCAGUUUGCCGAGUAAAAGGAUAGUUCGCGCGGCAACUUUGAACAGUGACAGUGACCAAAGUGUGAAUUGUGAUAGAGAAUGUGUACCGGAUUGCAGUGCGCAAAAUAUUGGAUGCAGUGAAAAGGAUAACACUAAUUGGAUUGCGGUGUUUUUGGAUUGAAUUUGGAUUUUUUUAACCACCACCAAACUGGGGAUGCAUAAGAUGGAGCUCGGCGACAGCGUGUACGCCGCUGAGCGUAUUAUGAAAAAGAGAAUUAGAAAGAACAAAGUGGAGUACUAUGUGAAAUGGAAAGGGUGGAAGCCAAAACACAACACUUGGGAGCCGGAAGAAAACAUCCUGGACCCGCGACUCAUACAAAGCUUCGAACGCGGGGAGGAGUUGCGAAGACAGGGUCGCAAGAGGGAACGCGAGCAUUCACCGACCGAGCGCGCUCGCAGCGGCAGCGAAGAAAGGCAACCGCCACCUGGAAAACGGAAGGCGGCUGUUUUAUCGCAGGAGUCCGGAAAAAUCGGCGUCACUAUAACUACUAUGAGUCCGCCAGCCAAGCGACACGAUUCGACCAAAGUGAACGGAGGACGGACGCCGCACGCGAGUCAGCCCCCACCGCCUGCGGCACCCCCUGGCGGCGCCGCCGCGCCUGCCUCCCCCGCGGCCGAAGCCGCUGCGCCAAGAACCGGUCCCAGAAGGGCACCCCACUCACCGGAAGAAGCUGAUGCACAUAUUCCCGCGGAACGAGAAAGGCGCACAGACACGCAGCCGACUGCAACCGCUCCGGCGGAACCGAAAGGAGCACGACCUCCUCCGCCCGCGCCACAGCCUGAAGAUGAAGACUCGUGGGGCGAGACCCCGGUGGUGGCUCCCCCACCACCCCCCGAACCCCCGCGGCGCGGUGCUGCAUACUGGAUGUCGCGCUCGCCUGUGGCCGACCAAAUAUUUAUCACCGACGUCACGGUCAACUUCCAGACUGUCACUAUCAGAGAAUGCCGAACGGAACGCGGAUUCUUCAGAGCUCGUGAAACCCGACCACUGGAUGUCACGUAAACCACGCUGAUUUAUGUACAAACUUAGUUAUCUAGUAUUUAUUGAUAUAGUUUGUGGUGAAGUGUAAAACGACCAGAGUGAAUAUUUCCUCUUAAAGUAGGCCUAAUGCUACUACUAGGAGGCAGGAAUGAUGGAUUGUAGAUAAACAUGUCUUUGAUACUUAAGUAGAUCUAUACAAUUUGACCACCAAGUAAAUACCUACAAAUGUAGACAUUGUUGUCAAUUGUUACAAAUAAGAUGCUUAUAUUAUUCGUUGAAUUUAUGAAGGAAAAACUGAAUGCUGCAUUCAUAUGUAGACUGUUUCCUUUUUUAAGAAAAAGAACGUGUUGAAUUUAAAGCAAUUCAAACUAUAUGAUCGCUUCCCGCAUGGCUACCCUGCGGAGUUAGCCUGGUAAUUGGAAUGGUAGGUAGGUAUUAUAUCAAUACAUGUUGAAAUAAGAAAUUUUGACGGAUAUGUUCUUUUUCUUCAACAUCAUUAAUAAAGCUAGGUGAGUAUACAAGAAGCGAUUAUCUGAGUAAUAUUUAAUUCAUAUUCGUUCUUUACGCAUUCUUUGUUGCUUUCUAUAACCACUAUAGUCGCUAACGUGCCGAGAGGGUCUAAUCACCAUACGUAACAGUUAUAUAAAGUGAAUAAUAUCUUACUUUAUAAUCUUCAUUGUCCUUUUUAAUAUCACCUGCUCUUGGAAGCAAACCAGAGCCGAAUCUCUCUUUGUAUCAAUGCAAAGGAACUUGUAAAUUUUGUUUUUAUUGUUGUUGAUAUUUAAUUAUUUUAAUGAACGCUUCUUUUCUCACGAUAAUAAAAAGAAAUCUAAUUUAUCUGACAAGGUGACAUAAAUUUAUAUUUUAAUGAAACUGUACAAAAGUACUAUUUUACAAACACACUUAUGUACUAAACUGACGUUUUAUAUUAUUUGUAACAUAACUAAGUACAGUAGCUUGAUAUUAAAUGUAAUUUUUGAACAGUAAGAUAUAAUGUAUCUAAAACCUAAUUGCAAAUAUCUGUUCGAAUGUUGGUAGUAGUAGUAGCAGUAUUUAAUAUAUAGAUUACAAUGUUAGUACAAAAUAAUAUACUGAAUUGUAAAUUUGUAUAAAAUAUUGUAUCGAUCCAAGAUAAGUAGAUAAAUUUAAUUUGCCAACUUUUUGAUCAAGGGUAUUAUAGAAAUCCGGUGCCCAAAGGUCAGUUCACAUUGAAACAUUUUAAUACAGAUAGAAUUUUGCGUGCCGGCCCGCGGCGGGUCGGUGUAUCCUGCGGCGCAAUUCUGAAGAUUAGGUAAAGUUAAAUUUUGUCGCAUAAAGUCUUUCUUCCAUGUGAACUAACCCAAGGGGUUGUGUAAAAGUAACGUGGCGAUUGAAUAUAGCAUGACAUAGUCUAGUGAAUCUGAAUAUAGUCAAACAGAUCGUCGGUGGUCAAAGGUCAUCUGAUAUUGAGUUGGACAUUAGUUUCAAUGCUCUUUUGUAGAACGUGUAACACCGACUUUCUCAUUCCUGAAUUAUGGACAUAAUGACCAGAGUAAAUAGGGCAGAUCAAGGCGAGAUAUGACUUUUUUUUUCGCAUAAAUGAGCAUAUCUCGACGCAUUAUCAUAACACAAUUGUCAAUUCUAUAUGUCAUUAUAGUUUAAUCCUUACUCAUUCGGAAACAAUUGCAUUAAAGUCACAAUGGCGUCCCGUUAAUGGUCAUAACUUUCCUAAAUCUCCCCUAUAUAAUGGAUAAAUUUCAUAAUAUAUUACACCUAGGUAUUCUUAUGACGUAAGACAGUUUAAGGAAGUGGAUCACGACGAAGAGCCAAAUGACAACGCCUGCUAGAUUUGAUAACAAUCCAAGGAUAUUUUUUAUUCAUUUGACUAUCCGUCUAUCUUAGGUCUAUGUCAAAUUCUCUUGUCACGUCUAUUUUGAAACCGUUUAUAAUUUGCGAAUUCACUUACGGAGUUUAAUUCCUUUCUCACUUUACCAACCUACCCCAAAUUAAAUGCUUUUCAAUACAGAUUCACAGAUGUUAUCCUGAAAUCAGCACAUAUAGUACAAGUUUUUAGAAACACUUUUUACAGGAAACCUGCCUCUUUUGGAUAGUAGGUAGUACAAAACUACACCAUCUUUUAUAACCUACUUAUUCAUAUGAUUAUGUGUAACCAAUAACCUACUAAGUGCUAACUACCCGCAAAAUUUGUUUUGUCUAGUCUUUCUGCGAUACAAAAUCGAAUUGUUCAAAAAUUGCCCCUAUUUCCGUUUUUACUCUCACAUUCAUUAUUUAAUUAUUAUUUUAAUGAACUUAGCUGUUGAUCGUUUAUUAAAUGAACUGAUUGUUUUAUGUUAAUUUCAUGAUUCCUCGUGCUAAUAAGUUAUUUAAAAGUAAUUUUAGUUCUAUUAAUUAUUUUGAACGCUGUCUUGUCGUUCCUUGACUUUAUUGUUAUUUAGUUCCUCUAGUAAGUUAACGAUUUCUUGUGAAAUGAUGUAAGAAGUUUCACGAAAUGCAUUUCUAUGGGAUGGCCAUUGUAUAUAUUGUAAAUAUAUGUAAUUAUUACUAAGGCACUUGUUUUAUAAUGUGAUAGAAUUUUCACAUUGUAGUCUGUAAAUAAAUGAGAAUGAAUUAGAUUUUGUUUCCUUUUA